GUUCUUUCCUCUUUCUUUUAAUGGUAAAGGCAGUUAGAGGUGUAUUGAUUGAGUGUGAUACCACAGUAAAACAAAUUGUACUUAAUUUAAAUAAAAGAGGCAAAUUUGUUAUUGAAGAUUUGGACGACACUCAUUUAUUUAUUGAAGCCAGUUGGGUCGAUCAACUUAAAUUCGAAUUAGAUAAGAUCCUUGACGAAAACUCAUAUACUGUUUCUGCUACUGACGAAAAAGAUAUUAAAAAGUUUUAAAUAAAUAAACAGUAAUAACAAUAAAAAGAAAAAGAAAAGAAAAAGAAAAAGAAAAGAAAAAAAAAGAAACUCUACAACGAAAAUAUAUAUACAUACGCAUACACACAUACACAUACACACAUACAUACACACAUACACAUAUUAUAUACGAUGAAAGUAAAACGUAUCUGUCCUAUUUGUAAAACAAAAAAAUUCAAAAAAACAAGCGAGGCAGGAUUAGUUUGUAAAUAUGGUCAUCAAGUACUUGGCUUUCAAGAAGAACAUGGCGAGGAGACUGCACAAGUUGUUAGUAGACGAAGAAAGAAAGUGAGGACGAUAAUGGAGAAUGAUAUCAACUCAAAAAGGAGUCCAGCACAACAAAGGAGUGAUUUUAUACGUAUUUUCCAAUUUGCUUUACAAGUCCUUACUCGGUCUAUCAUUCAAGAUCUUGGUUUCCCUUCUCAACUUGAAAAUAUAGUUCGUGAACUUUGGAUUUUAUAUUUAUCUGGUUCUAAAAGAACAAUUGAAGAAGCAUAUAUCUUUGAAGCGAAUGAAAAAGAAGGAAUGAUGAGAGAUGCAAGUACGCGUCGAACAAAAUUAGAUGAAAAGAUAAAAGAAGAAGAAAAAGAACUUGAACAAGUCGAUGAUGAAGACAGCAGUAAUGAAGAAAGUGACGAAGACGUUAAGAAAGAGAAUGAGCAUCACUCAUUUCAAAAUCUUAGAGCUCGACGUCUUUUUGAAAAAGAAGCAGUACCAGUAAAAUGGCCUACGUUAAAAUAUUCAAUGACGCUUUCGAUUAUUUAUCUUGCUUGUCUUCAGUUAAAUUAUCCAGUUCUACUAAAUGAUUUACUUCGAUGGGCGAAAACAGGUCAAAUUCCGUACUUGGAAAUACAAAAUUAUAUCCCUGGAGAUUUAUUAUCUUUACUUAGUCUUCAAAUUUCCAACUCAAUGACAAGGAUACCAGCUCAUAUGAAUGUUAUCGUUCAAACACAAAAAAUAAUGAAAUGUUAUCAUCAUUACUGUAAGAUAGAGUUUGUUCCAUUAAAUGCACCACUUUAUUUAAGUCGUUUUUGUUCUCAGUUCUUUCUUACAGUGGAAGGCUAUUUUUAUGCCAAACUUAUAUUUAAAAGUUAUCUUAAAAAACACAAGGUUAAUUUUUCAAAUCCUAUCCAUUCUCAAUGGAGAUCACAUCCAACCACUGUUUUAAUGGCUUGUGUGAUAGUUGCAGCCAAGUUCAUUUAUGGUGUGGGGCAUGGCUCAAGUGAUAACUUACAUGUUAGCAAAUACAAUGUUGAUAUGACAAAAGAAAAAUGGUUGGAAUUAAUUCAUAAAAACCUAACACAAUUAAAAAACUAUAAAGAAAAACGACAGAAUUUGGAUUAUAUUAUUGAGGCUUUAAGAAACAGAUCUAUAGCUUCAAGAAUGAAUUCCUCUGUUACUAAUAAACAAACAAUUGCAUUGAGUGUUUUAAAUCGUAAUAAUCCUGAAAUCAAUCAUGUACGACGACAAAGCAUUUCUAUAGUAGAGCCCAUAUUAGAACCCUUUGUGAAUGAAGAUUGGGCUGAUGAUAGUUCAACUUCAUUUAAUACCAUUGAUGAAGGACAAGUCUAUUAUGUGCAUAAACAUGGAUUCCGUCCACAAGAUUAUGUAGAUCUUAUUGCAUUAGCAAGUGAAAUUUUGGGUGAAAAAGUGAAUCCGGCAAUUGAAGAUAUAGUAGAAACAAUUGAGAAUACAUUUGUUUUAGAGCUUAAAGCAAAAGGUGUACCAGAAAAGCAAUAUAACGAUUAUUUUUAGUUUAUUCUUAAAAAAAAAAAAAAAAUUAAAACAUAUACCAUGUAUACACUUAUUA